ACUCCUCUGCGGCGUCUCUCUCUCUCUCUCUUCCUUAUCGUCAUCACAUUCACACACACACUCUCUCUCUACGCAUCACAGUCUUUUAGCAGAGGUUUUUGAUUUCCUCUCUGCCAUUUUCUAUCGUUUCUGCUUCUCUGAUUCUUCAGCUAAGCUAGAGAGGUUUCUCAUUCUUCUCAAUCUGGUCUCGUCUCGAACAAGUGAUUCAAAAUAUGUCAAUGGCCGAAGAAACGAAGACGACGAAGCUCGAAUCGGCGGGAGAUUCGUCGGAUGUAGAAAACGGGAACUGUAGCAGUAGCGGAAGUGGAGGUGAUACGAAGAAGACAUGCGUUGAUUGCGGAACAAACAGGACUCCACUUUGGCGUGGUGGCCCAGCUGGACCCAAAUCUUUGUGCAAUGCGUGUGGGAUCAAGAGCAGGAAGAAGAGGCAAGCAGCUCUUGGAAUUAGACAAGAGGAUAAUAAGAUCAAGAGCAAGACUAGUAACAAUCAAGUUCUUGAAAAUCGGAAUGUCAAGAUCGCAAGAGGGGAUUCGGGAAAUGUUGUCAAGAUCGCAAGAGAGGAUUCGGGAAAUGUCAAGAUCGUAAGAAGGGAUUCAGGAGAUGUCAAGAGCAGGAUCAAGACAACAGAUCCUGAGAGUUACAACAGUAGCAAGAAGAAUGUGAAAAGGGUUAGUAGAUUUUUGGAUUUAGGGUUCAAAGUUCCGGCGAUGAAGAGAUCGGCGGUGGAGAAGAAGAGGCUAUGGAGGAAACUCGGGGAAGAAGAACGAGCCGCAGUACUACUUAUGACUCUCUCUUGUGGAUGAGUUUUGUUACUCACUUAACUCUUUUUUUUUAUAUAUCUGAAUGGUCUGUGAGAGAUUAGGGAAAAUAAGUUAGUGAGGAGAUGAUGAAGAGUGAUUUAUCUAUAAAUAUAUAUGUAAUUCAGCCGGAAUUGUUUUUUUUAGGCCAAGCUAAUGUCAUAUGCUAUUACUAAUUAAUUAA